AUGUCGAUGAAGUGUGUUUCCAAGUCUUGGAAAACCCUAAUCUUGGAUCCCGACUUUGCCAAAAUGCACCUUAAGAAGCAAUCUACACGAACAAGUCACCUCGCAAUCCUCUCAAACAUGUCUGAAGGUUCGGGAGAAUGUAGGGCAGUGCCCAUCUCUCGUUUGCUGGAGAGUAACUCACAUUCUAUAACCCUUACCGAUCCAUACCACCAAUUCUUUUACAAGGAUGCUGGUAGGGUUGUUGGUUCAUGCAAUGGAUUGGUCUGCAUGCAAGAUUGUUAUUUCGCGGAGUAUCACGAACACUCGUUCUCUUUCUGGAAUCCUGCCACAAGGACAAAAUCUGAAACAUUGGUGUCUUUUCGCAACUAUCCCAAGCCCAGGAAAAAUGUUUGCAACUUCACAUUUGGUUAUGAUAUUUCAAUAGACACUUACAAGAUUGUGUUCUUAUGUUUGAAAAGGGAUGAUAGCGACCUUAUUGCAACGGCCGUAAGAGUUUUUACUUUGGGUGAUAAUGAUUGGAGAGACAUUGAUUGUUUGCCUGUGGUAUUGGUGCGUCAUCCUUUUGGUAAGUAUGUGCGAAAUGGCGUUUAUUUGAAAAGUAGUGUUAGUUGGUGUGUUCGUUGCAGAUAUUAUUGUCAUUUGAAAAAUCUUAUUGUUGAACAAUUUGUGAUGAUCUCACUUGAUUUGGGGACAGAGACAUAUACACAAUUGUUGCUCCCUCGAUGUUGUGAUGAAGAGCUACAUAAUGUUCCAACUCUUUCUGUAUUGAUGGAUUGCCUCUAUUUUUCUUAUGAUUCUAAGAAAACCCAUUUUGUUAUCUGGCAAAUGAAGGAAUUUGGAGUUGAAGAAUCUUGGACUCAAUUCCUUAAAAUUAGUUAUACGAAUCUUCUAAACAAUUUUAAAACUAAGGAGUUAUAUAAUGAUUCAUUAUUUCAUCGCUCUCGAUUGACACCAAUGUGUUUUUCCGAGAAUGGUGAUACAUUGAUAUUUGCUAUCAAUAUACCAGACCAGGCAAUUCUCUAUAAUUGGAAAGAUAAUAGAGCAAAGAUAAUUGAAAGUACCAAUAAAAUUUUGUGGUUCACUGCCAAGGGAUAUGUUGAAAGCUUGGUAUCGACUUCUUGA